GUGUGUUUUCUUUGUUUUGUUUUCCUAUUCCCCCAUUUGGGAUUAGGGUUUUGGGAUCUAAGGAGGAAUGGCGCAAGGAGGCAGCAGAUCUACCGGAGUGGUGAAGUGGUUCAAUGCCCAGAAAGGGUUUGGAUUCAUCACUCCUGAUGAUGGAAACGCGGAGCUUUUCGUUCAUCAAUCAUCCAUCAGGUCUGAAGGAUACCGAAGCCUUGCGGAGGGGGAAAACGUGGAGUUCGUUGUCGAUACGGGAGAAGAUGGGAGGACGAAGGCUGUGGAUGUGACUGGUCCCAACGGCGCUGAAGUUCAAGGAAGCAGCAGGUCUGAUGGUUUCGGUGGCGGUGGUGGAAGGGGCAGCCGUGGUGGGGGUUAUGGUUUUGGAAGCGGAGGUGGUGGUGGUGGUUACAGUGGUGGAGGUGGUGGAUACGGCGGGUAUAACGGUGGGGGUGGUAGAGGUGGUGGUCGAAGGGGUGGAGGUGGUUACGGUGGUGGAAGUUACGGCGGUGGUGCCGGUGGUUACGGUGGAGGCGGCGGUGGUGGUGGUGGAUGUUACAACUGCGGUGAGACUGGGCACUUGGCAAGGGACUGUCAGCAGGGAGGCGGAAGGUAUGGCAGUGGUGGUGGUGGAGGCGGCGGCGGUGGUGGUGGCUGCUACAAUUGUGGGGAGCAAGGUCAUUUUGCGAGGGAAUGCCCUAGCAAUGCCGGUUCCAGAAACUGAAUAAAGGUUUUGUUAUUAGGCUCCGUCCAAGUUUGCGUUCCAGUGGUUGUUGGAGAGUGGUUUAUAAUCCCUUUUCUUCUGUUUGGCAUCUUCGUCGUAUAGUAGACUGAACUCUUCUCUUUUCUCCUUUGCCCUUCUUUCCAUUUUAAAUUUGGUUAAAUAGACAUGAUUAAUGUUUACCUUUUUUGUUUAAUUUCUUGGAAGGAGGUGUAAAUGAAGGAUGAAGUUUGACAUUUUGGCAAAUUGGCAUUCUCUUUUCAUAGAAAUAGUUGAUAGUUUGGUUUUAAUUAA